AUGGGAGCUGGGUCCUUUCUCGCUCUCCCCGCAGAGCUCCAGCUCGAAAUUAUGGGUAUUCUGGACGCCGGAUCUAUGCUCAGCCUAGCACUGUCUUGUCGGGCGCUUCACGAGCAAUUCAAGUCACCCGCCAUCCAGUAUGCCUACGAGCUCCUUUUGAGCUCUAUGCAAGACAACGGCGCCGAUGUACCCCUCGAUAUACUGCAGUUAAGCCUCAGACGAUUGCGAAAGGGUUGGGAAUCGCUGGAUUGGACAUUUGGCGAGACCGUGAAGCUACCAGGAGACUUGGGCAGAUAUGCGUUAAUAUCAGGCAUUUUUGUGAAGAUUGAUAGGAAGGGCGCCGAUUUGUCCGUAUGCGGUCUUUCAUCUGCUACUCAAACGGGCCGUACGCGCACCACAGCCUCGCUGGACUUCCAUGCUAUCGAUUUUACUAUCGAUCCAAGUCAAGAUUUAAUUGUCCUCCUGGAGAAGAGAGAACUGCCAGACGGACGUAGGCGCAUCCAAGCCCAUGCUCGUUGCAUUUCCGCAGAUGGUGCCCACCCGAGCGCGAAGGUGGAUUCCUUUCAGUUCGAUUUCGUUCGGCAUGGCUCCUAUAGUCACAAGAUCCUGCUGGCAGAUGAUGUCGUCGCCAUCUGGUCACAUCACGGAGACGGUCGGUUAUUGCUCUGGAAUUGGAGAGAAGGGUUCCUCAUCUACGACUCGAUCUGCUCCAAUUUACCGAAAGACAUCUAUAGUCUCGAAAUGUUGAGUCGAGAAGCGUUUAUUCUAAUGUCCGUCUCCGGGCCAGGAAAAUUUUACGUCUGCAAGUUCUCCCCGAUGGUUCCGGCCCCUCCGACCAUCGUGGCCACACUUAUGCUACCACCGACUGCUUCAUCAGGUUUACUUUCAUUCGUAACACAUUCGACGCAGUUACCUGUGCGCCCAGUUCCAGGUACACCGUUCAUGCCUGUUCCAGAUUCCCGGAUACACGUUUUCUCGCUGGAGUACCGAACUACGAGCGGCCAACACCAGUCUUAUUCUCUCUUCGUGCACAGUCGCGCAUUCCUUCGCCCUAUAUACAGAGAUAGUAACCAGACUCAAGCUGAAGAGAUACCUUGGGACCGCUGGGGCCCGUACGACACCCGUUUCACCGAGCGGCGAGUACAACCGGGUGGUCCCUGCGCCUCAUACGGUUGUCGCGUACUAUGCGAGUCGAUUGGUGGUUUAGGGAUUGAUGUGCUCGACUUUUCUUACGCCAAUCCCUACCUCACGUCUCGGACACGACGCCAUUUUGGACCCCACAAUCCGAGUGUUCUCCCCCCAAACAACGUCUUUUUGCGGCAGGUGGUGACGCGCCUGCCCUAUCACGUCACCUCGCGGUCGGUCGAGAAUCAUUACCCCUACUAUGCGAUCGAUGAGGAGCGUGUCGUCGGAAUGAAGUACAGUCUAAGGUCUGGCGAGAUGAUGUUGGAAGUGAAUUACUUUUGA